AUGACCGCUAGCAACACCUCGAUAGAAGCCACUCAUUUUUCCAACACACUGUGGCUUCCUGAGGACUCCCUGAGCUCCCAGAACACAACAUUCGUGGACUUUUAUCUGCACAAAGCCUCCAUCGCUGCCGUUUUCACCAGCUCCUACCUCCUCAUCUUCCUCAUUUGUAUGUUGGGGAAUGGGACGGUGUGUUUCAUCGUUCUUCGGAGCCGGAACAUGCGCAGUGUCACCAACCUCUUCAUCCUCAACCUGGCCAUCAGUGACCUGCUGGUGGGUAUUUUCUGCAUGCCGACGACCCUAGUGGACAACAUCAUCACAGGAUGGCCUUUUGGAAGUGUAGUGUGCAAACUGAGCGGGAUGGUCCAAGGGAUUUCAGUGUCAGCCUCUGUGUUCACUCUGGUGGCCAUCGCUGUUGACAGAUUUCGGUGCAUCGCUUAUCCCUUCCGACAGAAGCUAACCAUUGCUACCUCCAAGAUCAUUAUUGCCGUAAUCUGGGUCUUGGCCGUCUUCAUCAUGUGCCCCUCGGGUGUCAUGCUCCGGGUCACAAAGGAGAAGAACUUCCUCAUCGUUCUGGGAAGCAACAACAGCACUCGCCCUUUCUACUGGUGCCGAGAAAACUGGCCCAAUCAGGAAAUGAGAAAAAUCUACACCACGGUGCUUUUUGCCAAUAUAUACCUCGCCCCACUCUGCCUUAUCGUCGUCAUGUACGCCCGCAUCGGCUUUAUCCUCUUCAAAACAGCCAUACCCCCGCAGAGAGGAAGCAAAAUUGAGUAUGAGAACGGCAGUGGGAAGAACAAAUCCGGCACAGACAGCCGUCAGACUAUUACCAGGAAGAAAAAGCGUGUGAUUAUGAUGCUUUUGGUUGUAGCGCUUGUAUUUAUUAUUUCCUGGCUGCCCUUGUGGACUCUGAUGAUGCUGAGCGACUACGCCAGUCUCACAGAACACCAAUAUCGCAUUAUAAACAUCUACGUGUAUCCGUUUGCGCACUGGCUGGCCUUCUUCAACAGCAGCAUCAAUCCCAUCAUCUACGGUUUCUUCAACGAGAACUUCCGCCGGGGGUUCCAGGCGGCUUUCAAGUUCCAGUUGUGCUCCGGAGACAUGGAAAGGCAGAGGUCCAACUCCAUGCGUGUCCGAGGGAACGCCGUGCUUCCUCUGCAGCCUCUGACCGGCAACGAGUGCAAGGCUGAACUCGGGAAAGUCGAGGCCAGCAACGGGAAUGGUCUGUUUCUUCAGGACAAAAAGUGUAUGUCUGGGAAAAGUGUUCAAACAGAGCAGUAUCUGAUCGUGGAAGAUGUAGAGAAGGAGUGUCAGUUAUAA